AUGAACAACAACGCCAACGCUAACGAAGUCGGAAAUCGAGGCGGGGACGGACACGGAAACCAAGGUCACCAGAUCCCCGAGCACCUUCUGCGAGUCGCACCGAGGCCUCGCGACGUGAUGUUCACGUUGAGCGAAAGGCAACUCGAAAUGUUGUAUGUUAGAUGGGACGCUGCGCGAAUCCGCGUGCACCAACAGAUCUACAACCCCCACCUACCAUUUCAGGCAUAUCCUCUUCCUCCGGCCUGGUCCGAAGAAGCGCGCGCCAUGAUGAUACUCUGGGUUGCUAGGGAACGCCGGAUGUUUGAGCUGGAGAUGCAGGAGUUGGAAUAUCUGCUGGGACUGAGAGACUUUACUGGGGCUGCCCGCACAUCGACUCACCACGGUUUAAGUCACGUAGUCAAUAACCGGCUUUUCAAUGAAGUCGAUAUCCGCGAUCUCCAGUGUAUCAACGGAAGGCAGUGUAAAGACGCCAAGGCUACUCGCCUAUUCCACCAAAAUAAAUCUGUCGUGCGUUGCAGUAUGAGAAUAAUCAAAGUAGUGAACAUCUUGAAUGGCCUGUUUCAAACAAUGGGUACUUACUUGACACGCGGCACUAAGAGUGCAUCAUGGCCCGAAGCAGCGUGGAGGGAAACUCAGUGA